AUGCAGACAGGAAUUGAAGGACGUUGUGGUGGUUGUCGUUGUCGUGGUGGUACUAGUGGCCGAAGUGGUCGUAGUUGCGCUGGUGGUUGUGGUCGUGGCCGUGGUAGUGAUCGUGGUAGUGGUUGUGGUGGUGAUCGUGGUAGUGACUGUGGUGGUCGUAGUGGUUGCAGUGGUCAUGGUGGUAGUCGUAGUGGUCUUGGUUGUGGUGGUAGUGGCCGUGGUAGUGGUUGUCGUCGUAACUGA